AUGUACAUCACCCUCUACUACAUAGUCACCCGGCUCCCUGACUCCCUUCGCUCGGUCAGGGACCACUUCCUCUCUGUUUGCCCCACCAAACUCACCGUUGACCUCCUCGAGGAGCGCCUCCUGGCAGCUGAGAAGAGUAUAGUCGCUGUAGGAGCCUCUCGUGGUGACCCUCGUGCCCCCUUCUGUGAGGGGUGCCCCCCCUCCCCCCUUUUGCCCUCUGUUGCCUCUGCUGCUGCCGUCGACUUCGUUGGCACCGAGUCGCGGGGUGGGGGUGCUGGUCCUUGUGCCUACGUCCUACGUACCGGCGACCGCACUGGUGAGCCGUGUCGUGGCACGCACACCACCCAGCGCUACUUCGGCCGACUGAUGGACGCUUGGCGUCUCCAGUUCCCUGACGCCACUGAGAUCCCCCGCUGGGGCGAGCUGCUUAGGACAGGGGUUGCUAUCUUUGAUCUGGAUUAUGAUGCUAUUCUUGCUGCCAUGUAUGUUGUGUCUACUAGUGAUGAGGGUGACUGUUACCUGUGUGUUCCGCCUGACCCAGGCAUUGAGGCUGCUGCUCUAGGUGCUGGUGACGCUGCUCCUCUAGGUGCUAGUGCGUCUGCUGCCCCAGGUGCUGGUGAGUCUGCUCUCUCAGGUACCACGUCGGCUCAGGCCUUACACAUCUUCACCCUUGACUCGGGUGCUUCCCGCUCCUUCUUUUGA